AAGCCUGACAACUCUGAAGUACAGCUGAGCAAAAAUAACAAAAAUCAAAAUAGACAAAAUUUCAGUUUUCUAUAACCUAUGGAUUUGAAACGCUCCCCGCCGAUGCCGGACAUCGGAGCAGACCACAAACGACCUAGGAAGCACCACCACCAGGAAAACGGCAACGAGAAACCGGCGGGCGAUGGGAAUCCCUUACACCUUGGACCGAAUUCGCCGGCAUGCAUGUCCGACAUUUCCUCAGCCGCCAUUCGAGCUCAGCCCGGCUCGUGGCUAGCAGAUUCCAUCAAUUCUGACUGCGAGACAGUCUCGCUCCCGGAAUUCGAUAGGAAUUCUCUAUACAAGAAGGAUAUCCACGGAAACAGACUGUCGCGUCGGGAGAUGGCUAAAAUACGUAAAGAGGACUCGCUAAAGUGCUUGGAGCUGGAGCGCGAGUUCGUCUCCAAGUCCAGUGAAGAUGCUGCCGCCGUUGUGCUGAUUAUUCGCUUUCCUGAUCAGGAAAUAACGACAUCCAUGGUGACUGGACUAUCCCCGGCAAUCAGAGAUGUGGGUUUGCCCAGCAACUUGGAGCCGCGCUACUGCUUGGCUCACCUGAAGGCAGGAGCGGAUGUGGACACGACAAUAAGCGCUAUCAACAAGGUGCGAUUCAGCAACGGCUUUCUGGUGGCAGAGCGCAAAGCCUUUUCCGAAGAGGAGGAGGCUACAUCGAUUGACCCGUGGUGCCUGUACGUGUCCAAUAUACCAUUCAGCAUGACCACAUCGGCCAUCAAGGGUUUCUUUGCCAAGUCCUCGAAGGUGGAUAUUGGCGUCCUCAGGAGGGAGAAGCGUGCACGAUACGCUUUUGUCCGCUACGCUUCCACCGAACUGGCCAGAGAGGCGUUCAAGGAACUGUCGGGCACUCCUCUACACAACCGCACCCUAACCGUUCGCUUUCGGCGUCUAAAAAAGCGUCCCGUCCUGCUCAAAUUGCCGCGCACCACAUCGAAUGUGACAAUCAACACAUUGGCCACCGACGAUGACGAUGCGGCGGAUGUGGACUGCAAGGUUAUCUCGCCGCCACCGCUUGAGUCCAUCACAAUCAGCGAUAGCGAUGGAAACUGCUCGGAUUCGAAUGGUGCCACCAAGGAGAAGGGCAAACGCAAGAGUAAAAUGAGUGAGCAGGAGCUGGAGAUUCAAAAACUGAAGCUACAAAUGGCCGAGUAUGGAGCCAUCAUAAAGACCCUGCAGGCCAAACAAGAAAUUUUAGAUAUGACGCCCAAACUGGAGCCAAACUCGUAUCCGGAAUUGUGCACGCAUGUUAGGAUUCCGACGCCCGUCCACCUCAUGCAAGACAUCAAAGCGGAGUGCGCCUAUUUGGGUCUGCCAGAGGUCACCACAGAGCCCCCCACGACGCUGCCCACGGACAAACUGCGCCAGGAUAAUGAUCUUAAAAAGGCCCAAAAAUCAUUUUUUCUUGGCCGGCUGUUUUCAGGUCUCGCCAAAAGCCCAAAACAUACAGAAGACAAGACCAAGGCAUCAAAGGCCACCCAAGCCUCACCGGAAAAGGAUGCACGACUGGAGGAGCUGUACGCUCAGCUGGAAACCGACAUCGAUCCGUAAUGGUUGCAUGUUGGGGUUGGUUGUGCUGCAAUGUCGACUAUGUAAAUAACAACAAGAAGUCUGCUGUAUAUUAUUAUUA